UCCCCUCACAUGUCUCUGCUUACUUGAAAACCACUGUCACAUUUAAUACACAUUACUUUUAGGUAUUUUUAAAGACAAAAUGUGAGGAAAACUCGCUGCGAGUAGUCCAAAAUGACUGUGUAUCCGAGAGGUUUGAAGCCUCCUGUAAUAAAAUAAACGAGUCCUCGUCGCCAAACAUGAACUCAGUUUGAAGGGGAGAAGGUUUUCUCACCGCUACAACAACUAUUGUGCUUUAAAACGUUUAUCUUCUAUGAAUUUUAUCCUCAAAUUGUGGAAGAGAAAACACAAAGUGUCGCCACAUUUUCAGCAGGUCAGCGGAGCGGCUGUGGAUUGACUCUCCACGGUUCUCAUGAGCUUUAUAAGUCCCGCCUCCUGCCCGAGCAGGAACAGCAGACUGUAACGCGACAGAGAAAGAUACAGACAUGGCAGAAGAAGCACCAGCAGCUCCAGCAGUUCCCGCGGCGAAAGCCCCGGCCAAAGCUUCCAAGAAGAAGGCAGCUCCCCGGGCAAAGAGUGACGGGCCCUCCCUCCCGAAGCUCAUCCUCGACGCCGUGACUGAGUCCAAGGACCGUAAAGGCACCUCGCUUCCGGCUAUCAAGAAGACGUUAGCCACCAAAGGCAUCGACCUGGAGAAGUCCAACAAACGCAUCAACACCGCGGUGAAGAAGCUGGUGACCGACGGAAAGCUGGUCCAGAAUAAAGGGAUUGGGGCUUCGGGAUCCUUCAAGCUCCCCAAGGCUGCGCCUAAAGCCGCUAAAUCGGGCAAGAAAGCUCCCGUUAAGGUGAAGAAACCCGCUGCCAAGUCCCCGCAGAAGAAAACCGCCGCCAAGAAAACUGCAGUGAAGAAGACCGCAGCCAAGAAAACCGCCGUUAAGAAACCAGCAGCCAAGAAACCAGCGGCCAAGAAGUCUCCUGUGAAGAAAGCUGCCAAGAAGCCAGCAGUGAAAUCUACUCCCAAGAAGGCUGCCCCUAAAAAGGUCGCAAAGAAGAAGACUCCUGUGAAGAAAGCUCCGGCAAAGAAAACUGCAGCGAAGAAGUCCAAGAAGUAAAGUGGCUCUUUAACCUGCACUCAGUGCACCAAAAGGCUCUUUUAAGAGCCACCACACAUUCACAAGAGAGCUGUUUUCCUACCACAUUAUCAUAUCUGUUUCCAUUGUUUAUUUUUCUAUUUUAUUCUACCAAAACACG